CGCAAUGGUGGGCAUGAUGGCGGCUGUUAGUCUGCAGACGGUGAUAGACGCGCUGAAGGAGCUGAUGGUGCCAGCUGAAGUGACUGUCGUGUCGCAUGCCAGCCGAGAGGAUGUGCUCCUGCAGACUCUGUCACGUAAUCUCUCUGCUUUCCGGGAGAAGUUGCUGCACGAUACAGGCAGGCUGGCUUUGGGGCAGCUGAGGACUUGUGUAGUGACCCGGUUAGCUUGGCCUCUGAGCGGUGACGAAAUCGUGUGGAGUUUUGUUGCUGAAGUACUGUUGCUUCUCUUGUGUUUGAAGCAGGCAAUGAUUGAUGUGUUAGUACAAUUCACACCCCCAAAACCGAACCCCAAGAGCCCGGAGUGUGCACCACCACUGUCACCUGACACUCUGAGUAUAUCACAGCAGAAAACGGUACAGACUGCACUACAGUUUGUCGUCACUCUUGGGAUCUGCCCGUACCUGCUUCCAGGGGUGGGAAUCCCCCUUGGCUGUAGGUCAGAGUUUGCAGCCACAGUUGAAAAGGUGGUUCGUGACUCGGUGCCUGCUGACGGGAGCUGGCGACUGUACACCAUCACCCAGUCGCUCCUCACCAUUGCUGAGCAUCCAUCCCUGGAAAGCCUUGUGUUCAGCAGGCACCUGGGAGACCUGAUAGCCAGUCUGUGCCAGCUGAGUUAUUCGCCAAACAAAAGUCAGCACAAGUUGGUGUCAGAGAAAGGUUCACCAGGACACUGUGCAUCUCAGAAGGGCCUCACUCAGGCUGAGCAGCAGGGAUGUCAGGAAGCUCUACAGAGGAUUUUGGAUAGAGUAUAUCAGCCGAACGUCAUCAAGGAACUGCUGAUUCUUCAGGGAGGAUCUAGGCAGGUGGUCAGGGCGAGAGGAGGCACCACACAAACUGUCCCCCAAACUCCAGCCUGGCUGCGAUGUCUCUGUGGCCAGUUCUUGUCCCAGGCCCUGAUGAAGCCUCACGGUGUGCAAGCUGUGGUGAGAGGGAUUGUAGAAGGAGCUGGUGCUGGAGUGGCAGGAGGUCAGAGUGCAGAGGCUGCGGCUGCUGAUUGGAGGAAAUGCGAUACCGUGGCCAGGAUACUGGCUUCAUGUCCUCAGCAAUGUUUGUCUGUUGAAGAUUACUACCACCAGGUGUGCCCUCAGGUUCUCGAACUGCUUCACAUCAAGGCCACACUGACAGCUCGACAGUUCCAGCGGGUAGCUACCACUACCCUCCUCUCAAUGGUGAAGGAACAACCAGAUCUGGCAGACAGGCACCUACUGGGACCUCUACUUGCUCCACUCAUCACCUGUUUGAGGACUGGAGGAAUGGCGUAUGAGUCAAUGCCGGUGGAAGAGGUGAAGGUGGAUGAACAGGAGCUGACCAGGUGUAUAGAGGAUGUGUACAAGGUGUGUGUCGUUGGAAAUGAUCCUCUCCCCCAGUUGAUGGAGUCUCUACAGACAGUGAUUCCUGCAGUCUUUAACCUUUACUGCUUCACCAAGCAAGGAGUGUCUCAUUUACGCUCUACUUGCCAGGAAAUUCUUCAGUGGUUCUUCGGGAAAUCAGAGACGCAGGUAGCUCUGCUGGUGUUGAAGCAGCUUGCUGGCCUGUCGCCAUCGAUUCCAGUCCUGCAGCCACUAUACCAGUUCUCAGCAGGCAGUGAGGGGGGUGUGAAACUUGUUACAAAGGCAACAGUAAGCGAUGAAGAUGAUGCCCUGUACGGAAAGGUUUGCUGGGACCAGUGGCGGGCAGAGAGUCUGGCCGACCUGCUGAGCAGCCUGCAGGAGAGCAGCAUCGCUGGAGAUUUCUUCAUCGAUUGUCUGAAGGGCCUGGUGAAUGCAGCAGGACAGGCUGAUGGCAGGUUGGCACCAGGCCACACCAGUGACUCAUCUGAUCUGGAGUGUCAGCAGUGGCUUCUGAUCACGGUGCAGCUUGUCGCUGUCAUGUGUGAGAGAAUUGGCCACUCAGUCCUUCGCAACACUGUGCAGGUCGUUGAGUUUAUCACCGCUACGUUGGAGCGUUCCUGUGUCAGUUUGGUACAUCGAGCCGAGGAGACAGUGGAAGCACAGACGCUGAGUAUGGGCAUGGGACUGAUAGCAGCAAUGCUUGGAGGGGCCGUCCAGCUGACCUCAUCGGACUUUGUUGCAAUGAGACCGAUGUUGCCUCUCCUCGAACGGCUCUCAGCGUUACAUCCUGAUCCUGUGAUACAAGAGCUGGCGUCAGACCUGCGUGUUACCAUUGCCACCCACGGAGCAUUCUCCAGUGAAACGGUUUCCAAGGCUGCACACAGUACCGUGGGCAGUAAAACGGAGUCGACUCGUGGAAUACAGGCAGUGGAGGCCAGUGCAGUGACCAGGAGCCGAGACAGGAACUGCGCCUCCAAUGACUUCCAGCAGAUUCUUGAGGCAGCCUUUGACACUGAGGUGUCUGCACGUGCAGCUGCUCUAAGGACACUCACUCAGAUGGUUCGGCAACAUAACUCCGAAGCCCUUAGUAACCAGGAAAAGGUUCUGACGGUGUUUCUGGAAAACCUGAGCCAUGAAGACUCGUUUGUUUAUUUGUCUGCGAUUCAAGGUUUGUCAGUGCUGUCAGAUGUGUACCCAGCCCGAAUCCUGCCCCGAUUACUCAGAGAAUAUCAAACAUCACUGGACGAAAGUGAGACACCACGCUCUGUGGAGACGCGAAUGAAGAUCGGAGAGGUGCUGAUGCGCUGUACGAGAGCACUGGGUGAGAUGGCUUCGCACUACCGUGACCAGCUGAUCCAUGUGUUUUUGAUGGGAUCACGUGAUCCAGAUAGCUCAUUACGAGCCAGUAGCCUGUCAAACCUGGGAGAGCUCUGUGCCUGCCUGGACUUCUCUUUAGGAUCAGUGAUUCACGAGGUGUCAACGUGCCUUUCUGCCGUCGUUAAGACAGAACGUGAAGCUGAGGUGCGUCGGGCUGCAAUUCACGUUAUCACGCUCCUGCUCCGGGGACUUUGUGACAAGGCUCUUCAGGUCCUGGGUGACGUCUUGCGUGACCUCUACCGCCUGCUGAAGUUUUCAGUGCAGAGGGACGUGGAUGAGGUGGUACGACUGCACGCACAGUUGGCACUGGAAGAAUUGGACCUUGUUGUCAGAAGGGCUCUGUUUCCAGAGGAGAAACUUGAGAAAGAAAUCACCGUCCUUCCCUAAGCAAAGAUUCCAGAAUGCUGUUGUCAGCUGACUUGCACCAUUCCUGGUGCAGAGACUGUGACGCAGCUGCUGUCUUUAACCUGUUACUCAUGACUGAUUCUGCCUGGCGUGGCAAAAGGUUACCCCUUUGGCUGCAACAGAUUUCACAGUCCCCACACUGUCGAGACUCACCGGCUUACCCCCAUCCCCUCUCAGCAGGUUCACUGCAAAGGUUCCUUGGGAUGAGUGUGUGUGGGAAUGUCAGUUCAGUGCCAGCAGGGCUGCAGGGACCAGUGCUGGGGGUGGGGAGUUGGAUGCCUGUGAUUAUACUGUGGGGAAGGGUAGGGGCUGCAGAAUCACAGGGACUGGAGUUGAUCAGAGGUUACAGUGGUCUGGUGAUCAGCAGAGAUGAGAUCGUGCUUGUCGUAGGCAGCCGCACACUCAGUGAAGCCCUGGCAUUUGUCUGCAGAGCAUGACUGGUCCUCCCUCUCCAUUUACCAGUCCCUGUCCGUCCCCAUUACACCACUGGGGGCAUGUUACGUUCUUGCUAGCACUCUGUCCCUUCACUGAGUUUACAGGAGCUUUGCAGGACACUGACCCCUCACUGUUGAACUUGUGGCCUUUCUAACCUGGAGUGAUUGCCCAUAAACACUGAUCAGUCUUUUCCUCCUCGUGAGGGAGGUCCGAGGAGGAAGCAUGUCCUGCUGGAGGUGGAAACUCAGCUGAUGACCCACAGCUGGUCGGGUUUUGUACGGCUUCUGGUUACGGGGAGCAGUGUGAUAUGUGUACCCUUGGCAGCACUUUCUGGCAUACAGGUGAUCACAGGCUGCUGAGAACUGCACUGCAGUCCCGUCCUCCCACAGCAGACGAAGACUUCUCCACUGUGUUAAAGACAGUGAAAUGUAGAUCAGAGACAGAAGAGAUUCUGCAGACGCUGGAACUCCACAGCACCCAUACAAAAUGCUGGGGGAGCUCAGUACUUCAGACAACAUCUAUGGAAAGGAAUAGAUGGUCAUUCUGGCCGAGAUCCUCCAUCAGGACCUGAAUCAUUGGCUGUCUAUUUCUUUCCAUAAUUGCUGUCUGACCUGCUGAGUUAUUCCAACAUUUUGUGUGUAAUGUAGAUCUGAACUGUGUCAGUGGAUGGUGGAAGCAGAGUGGGCUUACACAAUGUGGUGUAGUGGAUUAGUUUGGAGGCUGGGACUAACGACAUGGAGAGAGUAUAUGAUGCUCCACUUGCAAAUAUUCUGCUGGUUAAACAAAUCUAAAAGACAAAUAGUGCUGGAGUGAUGCAACACAGAGACGGGCCCUUUUCCCAUCUGGACCAGUUCCACUCCCACUUGCCCACAUUAAAUCUGUGUCUAUUUAGGCCCUGUUGUUUCAGUAUGGAUAUCUGAGCAGUAGCUGCAGAUAUCAACCAACAUCGCUGCCUUUUACAAUAAUGUGUUUAUUGGGAUCUGGGUGGGAGCGGCCAGGCUAGCCUCAUUCAGCUACAGUUCCAAUAGUGCCAGUUCCAGGGAUUAGAGCCAGUGAUGACAGAGUGGAUCAGACUGUGUGUGAUUUGCAGGGAAACAUACAGGUGGCGAUGUGCCUCUGGAUCAUAAAGACUUUUUCUUUCUUGUGGAUGAGGAAGGUUGCUGGUGGCUGCAGUCACAGUGGUCAAGGUGAGUAAUGUGUGUAUGUUGUAGAUACUUCACUCUGCUGUCAAUCAGGGAGACAAAACCAGUGGGACUGUUGUGAGAUCUCCUCUUUCUCACAGAGACUCCGCUGCAGGGAGCCACCCCACAGUAGGGUGAAAAGGGUAUCAGAACAAAAAUUUCAAUCUGCCACAUCAUCCAACAGCAGUUGAGGUACCGGGUCUGGAUGUGGCAAAAGCCCAUUCCAAUCCCUCCUGACAAGGGGGCUGAUAUCAAACCUGAGAAUAAUGGCCCCAUUGACAGGCCUAACUCUGCCAGGCAGGAAACAUGCAAAAGCCACUUUGCCCUCACCACACAAUCUGUGAUAGGAAUGACCUGUACAUUGUGCUGUCUUCAAGAUUGUUUAAUGUCAUUUCCAGUGCAUAAGUGUAAAUGAGAAUGAAAUGAUUGUUUUCCCGGAUCCGAUGCAACACCAAGAAACACAAUAAGAUAAAGAACGCAAUAAUAUAAAUACAUCAGAUAGCUUACAUACAGAGAUUGAUUGUAUGUCCGUAAAGUGACACUAGGCACAGGAGUGUCUCUACAGAGGUGACUGACAGGAAAUGAUAAAGUAGUGGUGGUUGGGGUGGGGAGGGGUGGAUUAGUGACUGGAGAAAGUAACUGGUUUUGAGUCUGGUGGUCUGCUUUCGAAACAAGGACAGCCUCCAUGCUGGCAUUGAGCAUUAUCACAGCAUUGUGGAUCUGGGGACCCACCACAUAACGAGCAAUGGAAUGCUGCAGCUGUUGGGUUUAAAUCCAAGGCUGGUGGAUUACCAAAGGCAUUUAGAUCUGCAUGUAGUUGUGUCUUUACACAAAGUGUGGAGCAUUGCUGUUUCUCUGUUUGUCUCUUUUUUCGAGGCCAAGUUGUUAGCUGAAAACAGCAUGGAUGGAAAGCGUACAAGGGAGCCAGUUGGACCUCUCACAUUAGGGUUAAUCCAGUGCACCACUGGCCAACUUAGGUACACAUGGACCCAUACGUAAUGUAAAUAUCUAAUCAGGCAAUUACAUGGCAGCAACCCAAUGCAUAAAAUCAUGCAGACAUGGUCAACAGGUUUAAUUGUUCGGAAUGGUAAGAAAUGUGAUCUACGAGGGGUGAUUAAUAAGUUUGUGGCCUAAGGUAGAAGGAGUUAAUUUUAGAAAACCUGGCACAUUUAUUUUUCAACAUAGUCCCCUCCUACAUGCACACACUUAGUCCAGCGGUCGUGGAGCAUACAGGUCCCUUCUUUGUAGAGUUGGCCCUCAGCAGGGGUGAUUCAUAAGUUCGUGGCCUAAGGUAGAAGGAGAUGAGUUAUUAACUUCUACUUUCUGCAUUAUCACUCAGAGUUGAACUGCACGUGCAUGUAACGAGAAUGGCUUGGACUUCCAGGUGGUCCACAGCAGGGGUGAUUGAUAGGUUUGUGGCCUAAGGUAGAAAGAGAUGAGUUAUACAGCUCUCGUUACAUGCACAUGCAGUUCAACUCUUUGAGUGAUAAUGCAGAAAGUUUGCAGUGAAUAACUGAUCGUCUACUUUAGGCCAUGAACUUAUCAAUCACCCUGCUGUGGACCACUUUCUGAAGGUCCAAGAUGCUGACUUUUACAAAGAAGGGAUCCGUGACCGCUGGACUAAGUGUGUAAAUGUAGGAAAAAACAAAUGUGCUAGGUUUUCUACAAUUGACCCCUUCUACCUUAGGCCACGAACUUAUCAAUCAGCCCUCGUAAGUGAGUUUGACUGUGAAAUGAUUGCUGGUGCCAGACAAGAGUGGUUCGAAUAUCGCAGAAACUGCUGAUCACCUCAGAUUUUCACGCAUUAGUUUACAGAGAAUAGAGCAAAAAAUCCAGUGAGUGGUAUUAUGUGGGAGAAAAUGUCUCAUUAAUGAGUGGUCAGAGGGGAAUGGCUAGACUUGUUCAAGCUGAUAGAGUUACCACGCAUUACAACAGUAUGCCAGAGGGAAUCUCAACACACAGCUCAUCGAACCUUGAAGUGAAUGGGCUACAGCAGUAGAAGAACUUGAAGCAGUAGUCACUUUAUAACAAAUAACAAUAACAUAGAAAACCUACAGCACAAUACAGGCCCUUGUGCUCACAAAGUUGUUUCAAACAUGUCCCUACCUUAGAAAUUACUAGGCUUACCCAUAGCCCUCUAUUUUUCUAAGCUCCAUGUACCUAUCCAAAAGUCUCUUAAAAGACCCCAUCGUAUCCGCCUCCACCACUGUUGCCAGCAGCCCAUUCCACGCACUCACCACUCUGAGUAAAAAACUUACCCCUGACAUCUCUGUACAUACUCCCAAGCACCUUAAAUCUGUGUCCUCUUGUGGCAGCCAUUUCAGCCCUGGGCAAAAGGCUCUGACUAUCCACAUGAUCAAUGCCUCUAUCAGGUCACCUCUCAUCCUCUGUCGAUCCAAGGAGAAAAGGCCGAGUUCAUUCAACCAGUUUUUAUAAGGCACGCUCCCCAAUCCAGGCAACAUCCUUGUAAAUCUCCUCUGCACCCUUUCUAUGGUUUCCACAUCCUUCCUGUAGUGAGGUGACCAGAACUGAGCACAGUACUCCAAGUGGGGUCUGACCACGGUCCUAUAUAGCUGCAACAUUACCUCUCGGCUCCUAAAUUCAAUUCCAUGAUUGAUGAAGGCCAAUGAGCCGUAUGCUUUCUUAACCACAGAGUCAACCUGCACAGCAGCUUUGAGUGUCCUAUGGAUUCGGACCCCAAGACCCCUCUGAUCUUCCACACUGCCAAGAAUCUUGCCAUUAAUACUAUAUUCUGCCAUCAUAUUUGACCUACCAAAAUGAACCUUUUCACACUUAUCUGGGUUGAACUCCAUCUGCCACUUCCCAGCCCAGUUUUACAUCUUAUCAAUGUCCUGCUGUAACCUCUGACAUCCCUCCACACUAUCCACAACACCCCAACCUAAUGUAUGUAUCGAGCACUGUUCAUACAAACGACGAUGUACUUCGACGUGCUACAUCGGGAUAAAGUGCAAACGAAAAUAAAAGAAUGAUGUUAGUUAAAAGCAAGGUUAAAUAAAAGGGGUUUGAACUAGCGUUUAAAAGUAAGAAGAAUCUGCAUCCCUUAUAGUUUCAAGUAUUGAAUUCCAUAGUUUAAGAGCGUAAUUCAAAAAAAAAAUGAGCUGUAAUUAUCUUUUGAGGGAGAUCGUUUAAAUUUAAAAUAGCGGCGGAAAAAGACAUAAAGCUGGAGCAGGAUUAAAAAACGAAAACGAUUCUGAGAUGUACUACGGUCGCAGAGCAUUGAGAGCUUUAAAAACAAGUAAGAAAUUUGCCUGCCAGUCCUACAGCCCCAACUCCAGGCGGUGCGAGACGCGUGGACAAGAGCGCCAUUUACAGGUGCUGCUCUGACCUGUUGCUGGUUUAUUCCAACGGAGCACUGUGCGCAUGGUAAUUUUUUUCAGACAAAUUAGUGAACAGAAAAACUAACAAGAAUUUCAAUUAAAACUGAAAUGCUAGAAAAUAGAGAUGCAACAAUGGUCAGGUAUGGAUCAAUAACAAUAAAGGAAAAAAGUGAAACGUUCCCUGUUAUCUACAUUCAGUAAUUGGUGAGACUGCGAGGCGGUAAUGGGGUGAAUCUUGGGGUUACCUUGUCCGGAGGGUGGGGGCACAGAGCAAACACUGUUGUUAUCACAAUUCUGUCCAUUUUACAUAAUGUACCGAGGCACUGGGGCAGCACAAUGGGAUCAAGACUGCUGAAAUAAAGCUUUGAUUUAACAGUUUUAAAGGAAACCUCUCAGAGGAUGAAUGUCAUUACGACUCCUUAGAGUAAAAGGUUAGAUGUUUACUGGCAGAGAUUAAAGGACAGGAAAGAGAACGGCCGUGGUUUAUGGGGGUAAUUUCAGAGUUUGUGCAAUGGCUGUCCACAGAAAAUGAAGUGUGUGUAGGGGCUGCAUUCAAACGCUCCAGGAGGUUAGAAGUGCUAGCGAGUAUGACGGAUAAAGAGCAAGGGUUUAAACAGAUUGUCCAUCAUGGAUAAAGCCCUCCCAAUCAUUAAACUAAUCUACAUGAAACGCUGUCGAAGCAAAGCAGCAUCCAUUUGGAACCCCACCACCUCAACCAUUAGGCUCUUAAACUAAAGGAGAUAACUUCACUCAACUCAACACUGUGAACAGUUCCCACAACCAAUGGACUUGCUUUCAAGGACUCUUCAUCUUAUGUGCUCGAUAUUUAUCUAUUACUAUUGUUUCUUGUUGUAUUGCACACUUUGUAGUCCUCUGCAUUCCGAUUGAACGCCCUAUUAAGGCGGUCUUUCAUUGGUUCUGCUAUAGAUAUUACAUAGAAACAUAGAAAAUAGGUGCAGGA